CCUGGUAGGUGGCGGGUUACCGGGCCCCGCAGGACAGGGGACGAGGGGACGAGGGGGCGGGGCGGCCUGGCCCCCUCUGACCCCGGCCCUGUGCCCUCCCCCAGCAAUGGGCGUGCAGCCCCCCAACUUCUCCUGGGUGCUCCCGGGCCGGCUGGCAGGGCUGGCGCUGCCGCGGCUCCCCGCCCACUACCAGUUCCUGUUGGACCGGGGCGUGCGGCACCUGGUGUCGCUGACGGAGCGCGGGCCCCCUCACAGUGACAGCUGCCCCGAGCUCACUCUGCACCGACUGCGCAUCCCGGACUUCUGUCCGCCGGCGCCAGACCAGAUCGACCGCUUCGUGCAUCUCGUGGACGAGGCCAACGCCCGGGGAGAGGCCGUGGCAGUGCACUGUGCCCUGGGCUUUGGCCGCACCGGCACCAUGCUGGCCUGUUACCUGGUGAAGGAGCGGCGCUUGGCUGCAGGAGACGCCAUCGCUGAAAUCCGGCGCCUUCGACCCGGCUCCAUCGAGACCUACGAGCAGGAGAAAGCAGUCUUCCAGUUCUAUCAGCGAACUAAAUAAGGGGCCUCAACACCUUUCUGCCCCCUCUCCCCUGCCCUGUGUGGUAGGUGGGGCCAGAGACAAAGAGAAGUGGACUAAAGUAUUAAACACUCUAGCUCCCACUGGCUGGAGAGACUGAAAUAGCCCACCUACCUGCAGGCAGGUCCUAAUUGAGGGAUGGCUGGGUCUCCACUGAAGGACAGGGUGCGGGGAGGCUGUACUGCUCCCCUGAAUAAAUGACUUCUAAG